AUGACCACUAUUAUUGACUCAGAAUCCCCAAAAAUAAAUUAUUCAUAUACAGAACGUCGUCAAGAGGAAGCAUGCUCAAAGUUUUCAAAAAAAAACAUCAAACCAACAACACUUGUAAUGCGGCAUUCAACCAAUGUAGAUGUACUGCAUCAUACAAAUACAGAACUUCUUCAUUUAACAUCAUUUACAAACAAUGAGGAACAACAUGAAAAACCUCAUUCAGUACAUCAUGGACGAACACAUCGUCUUGCUACAAAAUAUCCAUCGAUAAUAGCACAGCCUAGUACGAUAGAAACAACUCCAUUACAUCUUAUGGCUACACCCAAAGUUUCUUUACCAUCAGCACUUCCAAGAGUUACACAUCAUCUUGAUAUCGCUAAUCAUCCUAUACAGAAUAUUCUUCAAAUGCUUUCGUCUCUUCUUCUUAAAAUUACACAAUCAAAUGAUCAUCUUCACCAUGUUCAUAGUUAUCGAUUAUCUACUUCACAAUCACCUAAUUCUAUUCUUUUGCUUUCAUUUCACGCAAGGAAUAUACCGUCAAUAUCAAUCCAUGCUUAUCUUGUCCGUAUUCUAAAAUAUUGUCCAACAACCAAUGAAGUUUUUCUUAGUCUUCUUGUUUACUUUGAUCGUAUGAGUAAACAGUCUAACAGCAAGCUGUCUCGAAUUUCUUCAAGGAGUGAACCAAUUCCUACUUUUACUAUUGAUAGUUAUAAUAUUCAUCGGCUAAUUAUUGCUGGUAUUACAGUUGCUUCCAAAUUCUUUAGCGAUAUUUUUUAUACAAAUUCCCGAUAUGCAAAGGUUGGCGGAUUACCUUUAUCUGAACUUAAUCAUCUUGAACUACAAUUCCUAUUAAUGAAUGAUUUCCGACUUAUGAUUCCACUUAAAGAAAUGCAGCAAUAUGGCGAUCAGCUUUUACGAUAUUGGUUAUCCACCAAUGGGCGUAAACAGGAAUAA